AACACUGGAUACUAUAGUCGGACAUUUUGGCGGAUAGACUCCUACACGCAAACCGCAGGCCUAGUGCUGGUUGGUUGAAACCUGCUGCCUGUUACCCGGAUGUAGCAGUUGGGUAACUACGUCAUUGUUCACCGCCGGACGCUCUAUGGAUAUUAUAAUGGACAAACACAACUAGAUAAUUAUUAAUAAAAUCACAGAAUGAACGAUGACUAUAGUUGACAAAGCUUCAGAGAAAUCUGACUUUGAGUCAGCGCUGUGUAAGCACUCCAGCUCCCUGAAUCCUGUCUCCUCUGGAGGCCUGGACAACGGCAGCUCCAGCUGGGGUGUCGACUCUACUACAGCCGAGCUUUCCAGGAGCAUGGCUACCUGUGUGGCCCCCAGCCUUGAUGUUGCUUUGUAUGGAGGCAGCACAACACUUCCUGCUGAGAGACCAAAUGAGCAAGUGGCCGUGAGCUGUGGCGAUGGCAUCAGUCUGCCACAAAAGAUCCUGUUUCCACCAGAGCGCCUCAGCUUGAAAUGGACUCAAGUCCAUCGUAUUGGAGCAGGUCUCCAGAACCUGGGCAACACAUGUUUUCUGAAUUCAGCUCUUCAGUGUCUUUCAUACACUGCACCACUUGCUAACUACAUGCUGUCCAGAGAACAUUCCAAAACAUGUCAUGAGCCUGAAUUUUGCAUGCUGUGUAUCAUGCAGAAUCACACCAUUCAGGUGUUUGCUAAUUCGGGGAAUGCCAUCAAGCCCCUUGGUGUGUUGCAUGAACUAAAACGGAUAGCAAAGCAUUUCCGGUGUGGGAAUCAAGAAGAUGCCCAUGAGUUCUUGCGGUACACAGUGGAUGCUAUGCAAAAGUCCUGUCUGCCUAACAAUAAAUUGGACAGGCAAACGCAGGCUACUACUCUGAUCCAUCAGAUAUUUGGAGGAUUUUUGAGGUCCAGAGUGAAGUGUAUGAACUGCAAAGCAGUAUCAGACACAUUUGAUCCUUAUUUGGAUAUUGCACUGGACAUCAAGAAUUCCCCAACUAUUCUCAAGGCUUUUGAGCAGUUUGUUAAGGCUGAACAGCUCGAUUGGGAGAAUGCCUACAAGUGCAGCACUUGUAAGGAAACUGUUCAGGCCUCAAAAAGAUUAAGCAUUCACCGCAACUCCAAUGUGCUCACUAUCUCUCUGAAGCGCUUUGCCAACUUUAAUGGAGGCAAAAUCUCCAAGGAUGUGAGAUACACUGAGUACUUUGACUUGCGACCAUACAUGUCCCAGUCUCACGGAGAGCCGCAGAUUUACGGGCUGUAUGCUGUGCUGGUGCACUCAGGCUUCAGCUGCUAUGCCGGACACUACUACUGCUAUGUAAAAGCAAGUAACGGCCAGUGGUAUCAGAUGAAUGAUUCAUCAGUGACUCCCACUGAUAUACGAUCUGUGCUGAACCAGCAAGCAUACCUGCUGUUCUACAUCAAGCAAGGGUCUACAGAUCUGAAAAAUGGAGAUUUUAACCAGAAGGGUUUUACUCCAGGCCACUCAUCUCCCCGACCAGUAACACCUAAGCUAAACGGGCAUUCUUAUACCUCCUCAACAAUUAUAGGUCCACAGCUCCCUCCUACUAUGUUAAAGAAUAACUCGUAUGUCAAUGGCAACGGCUCUUCGAAGGAGUACCACAACAGCUCAAAGCCCAGCAGCAGUGACAUCAGCAGCGUGAGCAAAGCCACCUCCAAUGUGUCUUACUCUUCCACCCCAUCCUCCGCUUCAAAUCAGAAUGUCCAGCCCACGGGCAUGAAGAGGCUCAAGAUGAGCUUUACUGUCAGCUAUGGAAAGGUGGUGCGGUGCAACCGGACCCAAACAGCUCCAUCCAGCAGCUCUUCAUCAUCAGCCAGCUAUUCUCACCCACAGUCUUCAUCCUCUACCUCAAAAUUCCAGUGCUCCAAGCAGGUCAAUGGCACAUCCUCGUAUAGCAGCUCAACUUUCCUGGUUCCCUAUGAUGAGGAAUCAUCUGAGGACUCUGACCAGGAGAGCAGAGUUUUGGACAAUGGUACUUCUAAGCCUUCUGGUGUUGCCAAGGCAGCCAGUGGGAAUGAUGGCAUGCACAGUCCUCACUUUAAUAGUUCAAGCUCACACUCGCAUAAGACAAACGAAUCUAACAGCUUCUCCGAGUCUCACAUGGGUACAAAUGGGUCAGGACACGGUCAAGUCAAUGGCUUUAAACAUUCUGACAAGGCAUCAGACAGUCCAGUCUCUGAAUCUUCCAUAAGUGACACUAACUUAGACUCCCAGAGUGUGUCAAGCUCUAAGUCAGAGGGAAUGCGCUCCCCAUCAGACUCCAUGGAAAGCGCUAAACCGCUCACUGACCCUCUCACUCAGCAUGUCUCACACCCAGUACCCACACCAGGCACAGACACCCAGGCACUGGCUAAGCCAGCAGAACUGACACCUAGCACACCGGCCACCUUAACAGAGGUAUCAAGUCAAGUGAAGGCAACAUCAGAGUCCACUCUAAGCAAUCACAGUCUCAUCCAUCAAGGGAGUGAUGAACUUACAUCACUGGAAAGACCCAGGAUGGAGACAGAGACUGUCAAGGGUGCAGUUAGCAAGGAAGAUGGAGAAAUGUGUCAGUCAGGCAAACCCAAUGCUUGUGAACAAAAAAGACUAGUUGAGCACCAAGAACAUGAUUUAAACCAGCCACAUGUUUCUACUGCCACAAAGGACAGAGACAAGGAGUACCAUCGCAACUACAGAGAGCUCAAGGACAGGAGCAGAGAACGACAUGGACAUCGGCCAGAGAGAGAGUAUUAUCCACAGAAGGAGCGCUCUCGCAGUCGUCAUAGAGAUAAAGAGUCAGCUCGGUACUGGGAUAGAUAUUCCUACCAGCACGGAGACCGCCACUACAAAAGAGCCAGAGACGAGCGGUCACAGGAUUGGGAGCGGGGCAGGAGAUUCCAGAAUUCACACCGCUCAUCAAGCCACAAUUAUAGAGGACUAAUGUUGCGCCAUGCACGGGAAGACCGUCGUGACAGGUGCCACUACAAUGGAGAGCAGAGCAGCAAUAGAGCAAAGCCCUCGUCUCCAUGUACCACUAGCCCUUUGCCCCGGCAUGGGACCAGAAAACGCAGCUUGUCUGGUGAAGACAGCAUGUCUGAGGAGCGCAGGGCCAAGAAAUGUAAAAAAUCAAAGAAGAAAAAUAAAGACAAGCACAGGAGUUCAGAAAGGGACAUGUCUGUUAAGAACCAGGAUAGCAGCUCCAGCCGACAGAAAAAAAAGAAAAAGAAGAAGAGGAGGCAUGAGUCAGAGGACAGACCUCACAGAGAGGGACGGUCCUCAGACAGGCAUGAUUGGAAAGGCAGGAAUGGUGUGGAGAGGAAGAGCCAUAAGCACCAGCGCAGCUCUGACAGAGAUAGAUCUCCUCACCGUUCCAAGCUGCCAUGUAUUGAGGAUCUUCGCCAGCUCAGUGGUUACUCAGGUAAUGUUGUUAAGCAUUAUAAUGGAUAUGUCCAAGGAUUCUGUCAUAAAGAAGUAGUUGCAGAGAUCAAAUAUGGAGACGUGAACCAUAUUUCCUCUAACAAUAAUAGGAAGAUUUCCUUAUGUGAAGGAGACAUGGGAGAGACAGGCCCUGUGCCAUGCAGAUGAAACAGUGAAUACUGGAGAUCUGCCUCUGUCCUAUGAACUCUGAGGACAAAGGAAAACUACACUUUACUAAAUAUUGUAAAGGUGCUUUAUUCAAUAAAGUCAUACUGUAUUUUUUGCAGCAUAAAUGCUUUAAAUUUUUUUAGGGUUAAGGAUUUUUUUUACCAACGCUGUACAGCUGAACUUUGAAGAAACUCAAUUAAAAAAAAAAAGAAAGAAAAGAAAAAAUUAAUAUAUACACUUAAACUGGAAGAAGAAGCCUGGAGCUUUAUCAUCAAAAUUGCUGCUCAGACAUAGACUCAGGACUUUCUCACUUGUGAAGAUGACACACAUUCUCCCUUUAAGGACACGUAUCUGGGAAUGAUGGAAAAAAGUGAACUAAAAUGCUGCAUAAAAGUUGAAAGACUGUCUCUCGGCUGGAAGUUAUGAUGUCACCGUUUCCACCUUUCUGUCCUCAACAGAACAGAUUUUUUAGUGCUUUGUGUGCACUUACACCACAGUAAACCUGGACACACUUGACAUUUUCUGCCUACUUUCCACAUUUUUUUUUUUUUCAUUUCUUUUAAACAGAAGACUCCAGGAUCCAUCUAAUGGCAUUAUACCGACUUUUCCACAUUUCUUCACAUAGGAAAAAUGUACAUUGCAUUAUAUCAUGUAUGGAUGUGGGUGAUUUUGAGUGUAAGUUUUAAUCCUUUUGUGUUAAAAAUACUGUGAAUUUAAGUUAAACUGUACUAUCAGUUAUUAAUUUGCAAUCCUGUAUCAGGAGAUCAGUAUAAACACUUCUUUUAGAAAAACCACUCAGCAUAAUGUAGGCCAUGUUCCAAAAUAUUUCCCACUUUGUUUGACAAAAAUCAGUGAAAACGAUUAUAAUAAAAUCCUACAUUUUACUGUAGCAUGUUGAAAAAUUCUAUGUUGUACAUUCUGUAUUAAUUAAGAGGGAAUAGGCCUUAAUGUCUACAAUUGUAAUAUUUUCUCAGUAUGUUUACAAAUUUUUGUUGGGAUGAAUGGAUAGGUAUGUGAUGAUGGGUUGAGUGUUUGGAUUUGUACAGGGUGAGGUCUUUUCUCACCUUUUGAAUAAAACACACAAACAAAC